AUGUUACUCUCAACACUCCCCGUCCUGCUCGCCUUGCCAUUCACCAUCCUCUCCGCCCUCGUUGUCCCGGGCCUCGCCCUUUUCGAAAUAGGAGCCGAUGGAGAAAUCGCAGAUUGGACCCGGCCUGAUUACUGCGGCCAAUGCUAUGGUGGAACUCCCCCACCUGAUGCCGUAAAGCCAGGCUGCUGCAAUACAUGUGAGGACGCAAAGCACUCAUACAGGCUGAUAGGAUGGGUUUACGGCGAUGGCCUGGGCUUCCCACAGUGUGAGCGCGAGCACAGGGCCCACGAGCAGCUGCGCGAGGCACAGCGGCAUGAGGGCGUUCCGUCAUAUACCACGAGCAGUGCCCGUCGGUCGAAGACGUGCACUGCGGGAGAGCCGGAGGAGGAGGACUCGGCAUACGAUUUGUUGGGUUUCAAGAAAGCCAUGUACCCAUCCAUCGUCGAGGAGAUUGUCGAGGAGAUCGUCGAGGAACUUGUCGAGGAGGACGAAUGGGUGAGAAUCACGAGACUCUCGCACCAAUUCCCGAUUGUAGUCGGAGUCGACAGCGAGGAAGUCAGCGACGACCCGCUGCCCGUCGUGAUCUGGCAUGGGCUGGGGGAUUCGGCCGACGCCGACGGAAUCAAGGACGUGGCCAAACUCAUCGACGAAAUCCACCCAGGAACCUACACCUACCUGAUCGCCCCAACCGGCAAAGCAGGCUCAGCAGACCGACAAGCGUCCUUUUUCGGCAACGUGACUGAGCAGAUCGAGCAAGUCUGCCACGCCCUCGCAAACGACAACAUCCUCCGCACCGCACCAGCCAUCGACGCCGUGGGCUUCAGCCAAGGCGGCCAAUUCCUGCGCGGCUACGUCGAACGCUGCGGCGACUGGGCACCGCGCGUCCGAUCGCUCAUCACAUUCGGCAGCCAACACAACGGCAUCGCCGAGUUCCAGAAGUGCGCCAGCGCGACCGACUGGAUCUGCCAGGGCGCGAACGCGCUCCUGAAGAGCAGCACUGUGUGGUCGACAUUCGUGCAGUCGCGCCUCGUGCCCGCGCAGUACUACCGGGCGAUCGACGACUACGACAACUACCUCGAGCACUCGAACUUCCUGGCGGACAUCAACAACGAGCGAGCCCUCAAAAACACCACGUACGCGGACAACCUCGCGGCGCUCGAGAAGUUCGUCAUGGUCGUCUUCCGCGACGACCAGACCGUCAUCCCCAAGGAGAGCGGCUGGUUCGCCGAGGUCAACGCCACGGCCGCGACCGUCACCAAGCUGCGCGACCGCCCCAUCUACAAGGACGACUGGAUCGGCCUGAAGCGCCUGGACGAGAAGGACGGCCUCGAGUUCUUGAGCGUCCAAGGCGAACACAUGCAGUUGAAGACCAAGGACCUGAAAGACCUGUUUGCCACGUAUCUCGGACCAUUCGGCAAGGAAUUCGGCGUCCCUCAGGUCGACGUCGCCGGUAUCUGGAGGACGGAAUUUUGA